AGGAGCCUCAACGCUCGCCGCCUUCAUAUGAGCCUUCAUCCUCCUCCCUCCCCUCUCGACAUUCCUCCUCCAAUUGAGCUUCAAUUGCACCUGUUGCCACCUGGGGUACCCCUGGAAUUAGUCGAAAAGACACAUAACAACGGACAUUUGCAUGCGUGAGCUGCGCAUGCGCUGAAACCGCGUCCUUAGCCGCAUCUGUAGCUUACUGGCAUUCCGACUUCCGAGAGCUCAUGGCUGAGCUUCAAUCUAUCUUUCGAAAAGCCUACUGGUCGUUGGCGGCCGGUGGCCUGCUCUAUGUGCUAUUCGUCUGUGCCCUAACGUAUCCUGUGGUUCAACGCUUUGCGCUCUAUGUCAAUAAGGUGAACCCUACGCAAUGGCAGGACAUCAACCUCGUCGAGUCCUUCGGGUUUCUGAAAACGCAGGUUCAACCCUUCAACCUGGUGACGCCCGAUAACGAGACCUUGUACACCUGGCACCUCCUUCCCCUGCAAUUGUGCAAGGAACAUGAAGAGGACCUGCAUGAGAAUGAACAAUAUGGUCCAGCGGAGGACUAUACCAAGACAUCUGCCUUCAAGCUCCUCGCCAACGACCCCAAUGCGAGGGUGGUUGUCAGCUUUCACGGCAAUGCCGCGCACCUCGCGUCUGCCCAACGACCGGAGAUCUACCGACAGCUUCUCGGCCUGUCGACGCCUUCGCACCCAGUCCAUGUCUUCGCCAUUGACUACCGGGGCUUCGGUCUCUCAACGGGCUCACCAACAGAAGAGGGCCUCAUCACCGAUGGCGUCGCGCUCCUCAACUACCUCACCGCAGGCCCACUGCGCAUUCCUCCCUCGCGCAUUGUCAUCAUGGGCCAAAGUCUCGGCACAGCCGUGAGCGCCGCAGUAGCCGAACGCUUCGCCUUCGGUUCUCCCAACCCGGCCGCCAUCCAACCCGCUCUCAAAGACCCGGAGCCCUUCGCCGGCGUGAUCCUCCUGGCGUCUUUCAGCAACGUCCCAAGCCUUAUCGAAUCCUACAGCCUGAAGGGCAUCACCCCACCCAUGCUAUCGCCUCUAUCCGCAUACCCCGGGAUCAAAGACUGGGCGAAAGGCCACAUCGUCGACCGCUGGGACACCGCCGCCCGCGUUGCGCGCCUGUCCGGGGUCAGCAGCAGCACCACCACCAAGGACGACCAUCCGACGCCCGCAUACGCCCAGAAGGGGUUGAAUCUGUUCAUCGUGCACGCCGCCAACGAUGUCGAGAUCCCCUGGCAGGAGGGUCGUCGCGUCUGGGCGGCGGCCACCGGGGAAGCCCUUGAGGACGGCCCCGGGAAGAUCGUGCUAUCGAAGAAGGACUCGAAGGGAGGUCCCAAUGAAGUUCAGAUCUGGGAGAACAGAUCGGCCAAGGACUCUGCGGUGGUCAAGCGGGUGCGGUGGGAGCGCGUGGCCUACGGUGGUCAUAAUCGCGUGGCGACGUUCUCGGUCGCCGCUUUGGCUGUGCUAAGAGCCUUCGACGGGUAGAGAGUCAUU